UGCGGGGGGGGGGGAGGAGGGGAGUGCAAUUGCUUCUCGUGCUGACUGAGGUGGUGUAUGGUGAGAAAAUUUUUAAGAGGGUCCAGUCUGUCAGGAAAGCGAGUUUCUGGUGAACCUCAUCGUUGGUCGAGAGCGGAGGCGUGUCCACUUUCUGUGGAGGAUUACUUUGUGGCGGAGCUGGCUCCACAUCCAUCGUCUCUGGAGGAUCUUGGAGAUGCUCCAGACGCGGAGGUUCAGGAGGGAGGACGGAGAUGUCCAUGUCUUGUGGCUUCUGCAGUCCUUCGGACCCUCCAGGCGGAGCGAUGGACGGGCAUUCGGGUGCGCAGAUCAUUUGAUGUUGUAGGACCGUUUGUCGAUCCAUCUCCUGUUGCCAAAAAACCUGCAGCUGGUGCUGUUGUUGCUGCAGGACGUGUUGCUGUUGGCAGCACAGCUGCUGCUGCCAUUGCCUCUGCAGAUGUUGAUGUUCAAGGAUCUGUUGCUGGAGCAACAGCCUGUCAUGAUACUGCUGGUGUUGGUACUGUGCCAGUUGUGCUUGCAGCAGCUUUUGGAGGUGCUCCUCGCAUUGUGUGCGCAGCAGAUCCUGCAUCUGCAGAUCUUGCGUCUGUUGUUGCUGGUUGGCCUGUGCCUGUGUGUGUUGCACUAGUUGGAGAUGCAUGUGUUGUUCCUCAUGCCGUUGCCCGGGGAACUCCUGUUGUUGUUGACCCUGCUGCAUCUGCAGAUCUUGCGUCUGCUGUUGCUGGUUGGCCUGUGCCUGUGUGUGUUGCACUAGUUGGAGAUGCAUGUGUUGUUGCUCAUGUUGUUGCCUGGGGAGCUCCUGUUGUUGUUGACCCUGCUGCAUCUGCAGAUGGUCAAGUUGUUGGGGCUGUUCCGUUUGGAGCAGACGGUGCUGCUGUUGAAUCUCCAUUUGCUGAUGACAUCGGUCGAGUUCCUGUUGCCGACAAUGUAGCUGAGCGUGUUGUUGGGGGCACAGGGGCUGCGGUUGCUGACCCAGGUCGAGGAGGCGGGUCUGUGGUUGAACAGGCUCACAGUCUAGCAUCUCGCCGUCUUGCUGCUGGUCCUGCUCGCUGCUGUGUAGUUGGAUUGUAGCCCGCUUGUGUUGUUGAGAUAGCACUUGCUGUAGACUUCGGUCUUGUAAGUGCUGUUGCUGCGUUGUUACUUGUGCG